ACACCACAUAAAGCCGGCACCGCGGCACCACACAGACCACUGCCACCACCCAGCCCCACCAGGCUCCUGCCCAGCACGACCCGAGUCCCGCCAUGGCUGUGCCUGCAAGCCCACAGCACCCACGGGGGUACGGCAUCCUGCUGCUCACGCUCCUUAUGAAAGCUCUCGCCGCCGCCGCCGCCUGCAACCACCUUCGCCCCCAGGAUGCCACCUUCUCUCGCGACAGCCUCCAGCUCCUCCGGGACAUGGCUCCCAGCCCACCCCAGCCGUGCCCACAGCACAACGCGCCAUGCUCCUUCAAUGACACCGUCCUGGACACCAACAACACCCAGCAAGCCGACAAAACCACCCACGACAUCCUCCAGCACCUCUUCAAAAUACUCAGCGGCCCCACCACUCCAGCACACUGGAUCGACAGCCAACGCCAAAGCCUCCUCAACCAGAUCCAGCGGUACGCCCAGCACCUCGAGCAAUGCUUGGCGGACAGCCACACACGCUCUCGGACACGAUGGCCUCGCAACCCUCACCUCACCAUCAACAAACACUUCAGCUGCCUCCACGCCUUCCUC